ACUGGUGUGGAAAAGAUGGCUGCUUCGGCGGCAACGGCGAGUUCUUCCCCCGGUUUGUGUCCGAAUUACGCCGUUAUUUGCUCCUUCCUCGAACGAUACGGACCGCUACUGGACCUACCGGAGCUCAGCUUCCCCCAGCUGGAGAGAUAUCUGCAGGACACGUCCUCAGUGCCGAAGCUGCUUGUCGAUCUUCACGUCAAGCUGCUGAGGAAGAUUGGCAAGUCUGUGUCAGCAGACAGAUGGGAGAAAUAUCUAGUCAGGGUGUGCCAAGACUUCAACACAACAUGGGCCUGGGAACUGGAAGAAAAGGGAUACAUGGCCUUGACGAUGGAGAGCAAGGCGGGGAUACUUAAAUAUUUAUGCGAGUGUCAGUUUGACGAUAACAUCAAGUUUAAAACUGCCAUCAAUGAGGAAGAUCCCGACAAAAUGCGCCUGCAGCCGAUCGGCCGGGACAAAGACGGACAGAUGUACUGGUUUCAGCUAGACCAAGACAACAACGUCCGCGUGUACAUCGAGGAGCAGGACGACCUGGACGGCUCAUCGUGGAAGUGCAUCGUCAGAGACCGAAACGACCUGGCUGAGGUUGUCGCUCUGCUGAAGACUCAGAUCGACCCUGAGCUGCUGAAAAAGGAUGAGCUGCUGAAAAAGGACGAGCUUAAAAAGGAAACUAAUCCCGACAGUGAGGAUGACGAGGAGAAAACAGAAGGUGAAGUUAAAAAGACUGACAACACAUCAGAUGAAGAAAAAGACCCUAACAAGGCUUCCUGCCCGGUGUCACCAGAGACAGAGAACAACGAGAAAGUACCACAGAAAGAAAGCGUGAAAACGGAAAGCUCCGAGGCCAAAUCGUCGAUGAACGGCGUCAUCGAAAGCAAAGGCGAAGUCGAGCUCUGUUCGGGAAACAUUGAUACAAAAGCUCAGAACAUCAAAGAAGAGCCGAUGGACGUGUCGGAAACCAAAACAGGCACAGAAACGAGCGGACUCCCCCCUGAAACAACAACGUCUUUGUCAGUAAAGGCAGAAAAGGGAGAGGAGGGGAAGAGGAACAGCGCUGAGGAGAUCCAGCAGGCUCUGAAGAACGACCAGCAGGCCAAAAUCCCCUUGAAGAAAAGAGGAAUGAAGUUUAGUGAAGACUUUGAAAAAAACAGUGGUAGUACGGUGCAAAAUCUGUCCGUGUCUCAGGUCAAGGAAGCUCCUAAAGCUGCCGCGACUCCAGAGCAGGCGAAGAAAGUAAACGAUCAUAUUAAUGGUGAAAUUGAGCCAGUGUCGGAGAACGAUCUGCAGAGUCAUUUGAGCGAGUCGCUGAACGACGCCGACAAAGCGCAAACGACCGGAGCGGCCGCAGUGAAAUCCACAGAGGUGAGAGAAAAUGACUUGGCGUCUUUAGACAAGCUGUGUGAAAAAGAUGAACCCGACAUUGCUCAUUCUGGAAAGAUCACAGAAGAGGUCACGGUACGCCAAGGAAACGUUGAAAAUCUAGUCGCGAAGGCAGAAAAGGAAAACACAGCAGAGACAGAAAAGAAAGAAACACACGAGUCUCCACCUCCACUGAAAGCAGAAUUACCACCUGCACCUAAAGACGUCAAUAAAGCACCGGAGAGGUCUUCUAAUCAGGAACAGUCAGAAAAAGCAAAAGAGAGCUCGUCUGAUACACAGGAGUCUUCUAACGAAAAGACAACCACAUCAAAGGAAACUGAUAAAACUUUAACAACCCAUGAGUCAGAGAAGCUAAUUUUAAAUCUUGAAGUCACAUCCAAAGAGGCAGAAUCAAAAGAUUCUGAGGAAAAACCAGCCCCUGCAGACAGGGACACAUCAGAGACGAGUCCAGCUAAGGAAACCAAGACAUUAAAGAGGACGGAAAACGACUCGGACGUGAAGCAAACAGUAGUUUGCGAUAAUGAUGCUAAAGAAAAGGCAACAUCUGAAGUUAAUGAAGCAAAAUCAGAUGAUUCAGCAGCAAAAGAAACGCCGGUGGUCAUUAAAGCAACAGAGACACAGUCUGCUGGCGGCGAGCUAUCAAAGAAACCUGAUAACUCUGAAAACACAGAAUCACAGUCCAUCAUUAAAAAGACAGAAAUGGUAAAAGACGGUGACGGUACAAAGGCUCAAGAAAUCACACAAAGUUCUUCUGACAGUAAAAAGGCAGACAAACCAACAGAUGACAAGAAAUCAGAGGAAACCUCCAACUUUACACAGAGAGCGGAGACUCCUGUUGUCAAAGCGGUAGAUAAAUCAGAAUCCUGUAAACCAACAGAGAAGAGCGACGACAUAAAAGACAUGGAGGUGACUCCGAAAAAGCCGAUGAGGCCUUUAAAGCCUGAGAAGAUGGAGACAUCAGAGAAGAUGGCGACGUCGGAGAAGACAUCAGAGAAGAAGGCGACGUCGGAGAAGACAUCAGAGAAGAAGAUGGAGACGUCAGAGAAGACAUCAGAGAAGAUGGAGACGCCAGAUAAGAAGGCGACGUCGGAGAAGACAUCAGAGAAGAAGAUGGAGACGUCGGAGAAGGCAUCAGAGAAGAAGGCGACGUCGGAGAAGACAUCCGAGAAGAUGAUGGAGACGUCGGAAAAGACAUCAGAGAAGAUGGAGACAUCGAUGGAGACGUCAGAGAAGAUGGAGACGUCAGAGAAGAUGGAGACGUCACAGAAGACGUUGGAGACGUCACAGAAGACGCUGGAGACGUCACAGAAGACGGAGGCGUCAAAGAAGACCGAGACGUCACAGAAGACGGAGAUGUCACAAAAGACUGGGACGUCACAGAAGACGGAGACACCUGAGAAGAUGGAAAAGUCUGAAGAUUUGAAGAAAACCAUCAACUGCAAAGACAGUACGAUGCAUAAUGCCAAGAUCUGCGACUCCACGUCUGUGCCCAUGGAAGUUGACGUGGAGGUCGUUAAACAGGACCUGACAAAGCCACAAGAGGACGCCAAGACUGAGGAAAAGACCUCUGAGGAGAAAGAUAAACCUUCCAGUCCAGCUGAGAAGACCGAAGUCUCGGAAGAAACUCACAACAAAGCCAAGAAAGAAGAAAAGAAAUCUGUCGAAACGCCAAAACAAAUCGUGACAGAUCAGCCAACAUCGGAAAGUAAAAUGGAUUCCGAAAAGGGAAGCGAAAAAGAGGCAGAAGGUGAGAAAUCACCUUGUCAAGACAAAGGAAGCAAAGAGGAUUCUACAAAAGAUAAAUUCUCAAAAACUGAAGAAACAAAGGAGAAACUGAGUAAACAAUCAACAAAAGCCGAAAAAUCCAGUGAAGGAAAGGCUAGUAAAGACGCUGACGCCAAAUCCUCUACUGAACCUGAAAAACACAGCAAAGAACCCACAACUGAUAAACGCACCGAUGAGGAGAGUAAAAGCAAGAGCAAGGAAGACGAGUCGGCCUCAAAGAAAGAGGUGGCAAACGGCAAUGAAACUCCAGCCCACGUCCGGAAGGCGGGAGGUCGUCGAAGAUUCAGACCGUUUGUUCACCGCAGGAAAGCCGAACUCCAGAGAGUAGAGAGACAAGGCGACUCAGAGUCUGACACGAACACGGGCAUGUCGCUGCGACGAUCGCCGAGGAUCUCCAGACCCACGGCGAAGGCAGUCGAGAUCAACGACAGGAAGGUAGAGAAAUCUCAACCUGCGGAGAAAGAAGAAGAAGAGGAGGAGGAUGACGACAAGGUGGAGAAAGACGAGGAAGAGGAGGAAGAAGAGGUGGUGAAGACAGUUCAAAGGAAACCAAGGGAGAAAAAGGUCGAUCAGGAGGGUCAGCCCAAACCUAAGGGGAGGAAGAGACGGAGGGCUCGAUGGUCCAACACUCGAACGCGCCGCAAAAAGAAAACCUCUGAAGAUGAAGAUGACAACAGUGACGGGGAGUCCAGCGAGGAGGAGGAGAGCGAGGAGGAGGAGGAGGAUGACAGUGACGAGGACUACAAGGUGGAGCGGGGCCGGAAGAGGCGGAACCGGAACCGGGAGAGACGGAGCUCUGACUCCUCGACGUCCUCGGACGACGACCUACCUCCAAACGACGACCCCUGCAAACACUGUGGUCUUCCAAAUCACCCCGAGCUGAUCCUGCUGUGUGACUCGUGUGACAAUGGUUACCACACAGCCUGUCUGCGUCCUCCUCUCAUGAUCAUCCCAGACGGAGAAUGGUUCUGUCCGCCCUGUCAACAUAAGCAGCUCUGUGACAAACUGGACGAGCAGCUGCAAAACCUCGACGCGGCUUUGAAGAAGAAGGAACGAGCGGAGAGGAGGAAAGAGCGUCUUAUUUAUGUUGGAAUAAGUCUGGAGAACAUCAUCACACCCUCGGUGGAGGUGGAGGAAGAGAAGCCAGAAAUCAUUAUCAAAGAGAAGAAAGAAGCAAAGAGAAGUAAGAGCUGGGGUCGGAGGUCAACGAGAGCAAAGAAAACCAUCAGCUACAGAUUUGAUGAAUUCGAUGAGGCAAUUGAGGAGGCCAUAGAGGAGGACAUCAAAGAAGCCGAGGGUGGAGGAGCAGGUCGAGGUAAAGACAUGGCAAACAUCACGGGUCACAGAGGAAAAGACAUGGCCACCAUCAUUCAAGCAGAGGAGGGCAAAGAGAACGGUUGCCCGCCGCAAGUCAGCGCUGGACAGCGCAAGAAAAAACGCAGGCGACUCAAUGACCUGGACAGCGACAGCACGGUGGACGAGGAGGAGAGCGAGGAGGAGUUUCGUCUCAGCGAAAGCUCAGAAGAAGAGUUUGUCGUAUCCAACAACGAAUCGGAGGUGGAGACGGAGGUCGAGUCCAACAACAGCGACCUAGGCAGCAGCGGCGGCAGGCGUCACAAGUCCUCGUGGAAACGGCAGCCAACGCGGCGAAGCUCCCGAAAGCGGCGGAGACCGAGAGGGUAUUCAGACGACGAAGAGGACGAGUCUGAUGAGGAAGAUGAGGAUGAAAUAGUGACAGAAGGCUCCAGCGAGUUCAGCGACAGUGACCUCGACAUGAGUCGGCGGCGAUCGCGGCGGAGUCACAAGCAGGCGGUGAACUACCAUGAGACGUCGGAGUCUGAUGGCUCUCAAACCAACCGGGCCAAAGUAAAACCCAGACGUCGCCAGGACAGUUCAGAAAGCGAAGCGAGUUUCUCCAGAGACUCCGAGGAGGAGCCAAGGGAUCAGAGGGUGAAGAGGAGAGCCAACUCCUCGGAGGAAGACUCGCGGCAGCGCCACAGGCGCCUCGCACUGAAACGCAGGAGAGCAUCUGAAGACGACGACUCGGACGAUUCGUCGGGCGACUCCUCAUCGGAGGACCGUCCCAUCCGCAAACGGGUGAACCGCAUCGACUCGGACGAUGAUGAUGAGGAAGAGGAGGGGGAAGAAAAGGAAAAGGAGGAUAAGGAGAAGGAUCAGGAGGAGGACAAGGAGAAGAAGGAGCAGGAAGAGAAACCAAAGGAGAAGAAAGCAGAGGAGGAGUCAAAGGGAACAAAUCCAGCGGACUGCAAAGCGUCGGAGCUUCCUCCCACUAAAGGACAGAACCAGAUAAAAAACCUCGAGGACCGACCUGCUGCUGCCGCCGCCGCCGCCACUCCGGGCCCCGUCCCAAAUCUGGAGCCGCCCAAAAACAUCAGUGCAACACCAGCCGCUGUCACUGCAGCACCAAACGGUCUCGUUGGCCAGGAGAUGGCAGCGCAGGAGGAUGACGAAGACGACCUGUUAGGUGUCACAGACCUAGUGGACUAUGUCUGCAAUAACGAACAAUUGUAAAAAAACAAAACAAAAUGGUGUACUGUUUCAUUUUUUUGUGGUAUUGUAUUUUUAUAUUGCUUAACUUUAUUAUUCCCGACUCCACCAACACGUCCCUGUCGUCCUUUUUACUCCCGUUACACCUGGAGCUUGAAUCUCAUGGAUCUCCGCUUCAGUCAGAACUGGACCAGUGUCUCCAGUUUAAAGCUUUCCCUGUGGGAUUGUUCAAUAACCAGUGAGGGCACCUACGUUUAUCAUGUCUCAUUCAUUUCACCUGCAGAACCACCCUUGUCCCCAGCUCUACUGCCAAACUACCUUCUAACAACUGUCACUCAUCUCGUCGUCUCCUCUCACUUCAUCCUGUUUUUCUUUUUUUUUUUAAACAGCUGCAUCCAAGAUUUCUGUUAUUCAACUCCGUUACCUGACACGUUGGGAUAAUUCACACUAAAACUGUGUUUUUACCGUGUAGAAUAUAACUGAAGAUGUGGUGUUUAAGGAGCGGAAUUUAAAAAAAAAUCAUUCCAUCAAAUACGCUUUUACUUUUUUCUCCCUCGAAAGUUUGACCUUUUUGUAAAAUAACCUACUGGCUUUGUCACAUUGUGAAAGGUCCAUUGUGUAAGAAUUAGUGACAUCUCGUGGUGGGACUGCAGACUAUAAUAAACAGGAGUCUUCCGAUCUUUCCCAGCACAUCAGGGAACUACGGUGGCCUUCAUGACAUGUACCAAUAAGGAUGCUAUUCUACUUUGUGUAGCUAGUUCUCAUGUGCGAAACACACUGGCUGCUUCUGUAAGUAUAGUACACCUUAAUUUAAGGCUUUGAAAACCAAACUAUUUUUUUAUUUUAAAGCUACUAUACAUAUAUAUAUAUAUAUAUACUGGAAACAUACUUAUGCAUAGUUUAUUCAAUAUCGGCCAAAAUAAACCCUCCUAAAUUUUACACAGUGGACCUUUUAAGAUGAGAAGAUUGAUACCACAUACAUGUGUAGCUAUGUAAUAGCUAGGUAGCUACUGCUAAGCUUAGGCUAGCUUAUCUUAGAACAGAGAACCGACACAAGCUCAGAUUAUUAGCAUCCGUGUUUUUCCCCCAUGUCCCAAAGUAGUUUAUUCAACGAGCUAAUGUAAAAGUUAGCUCCCCAGUUAGCGUUAGCAUUUGUUUAUUUUCCACACUCUGGGAACUUAAAUGUUGGAGCAUGAGGAUGUCACAGCUUUGCCAGUGUUUGGUAAUUUUAGCAUGAGUUAUAUUAAUGUAGAAUAUUUGCACCCUGCAUAUUUUGUACCAUUGUUUCUCAGUGUUGCAGCAUCUUUAAAGCUCAAAUAUUAGCAAAUAUUACAAAUAGUGUGUUGUUUUUUACACUAGCAGUUUUUGCAGUAUAAAUAGAAGAGAGAAAAUGUGAUGAUAAAUCUGCAUUAUGAGUUGUUGGUAGGUGACUGUAGCGUCAUAUUUAUUGGUGUCAAUCUUCUCAUAACAUGAAAGUUCCAAAAAUGUCAAACUUUAGCUUUAAACCGUUUUUUGUGGCCUGUGUGAACGUUUUAUUUUUAUUUUGUCAGAAAGAUAAAUGGAUGAUGUUGAAUCACACGUUUGAUAAGCUAACGCUUCACACAACUCACUGAUAUUCGUGUGUGCGUAAAUGGAGGACAAAAACAUUAUUCCUGGUUAUUCUUUUAUAGCAUUUUUGUUUUGUUACCCAGCAUAUUUAAGUGACAAACAUAUAUACAUUCAACCCCUUGUGUCAUAUGAAGGUGUGAAUGUAUAUUUGUGACCAACCAUCCUCCCCUAGAACUUUUCUGUUCCACUGUAGUGUAGCUUUUGUAUAUUGUUAUACAUGUAUGAUAAGUAUUCUAACUCGUGUGCGCCAACGUCCGCUCCAAACACAAUCGGAAGUAAAACUCUCUCGUCCCUGCUCAUCUCGACCUCUAGUCUAGUUCCCUCUCAUUACAUCCAUGUUAACUUUUGUGACUGUUUUUAAAAAGUAAUAAUAAUAAUAACGUAUUUUUUUGUAUAUCUUAACAUUUAUUUGUCGUCGUCUCUGUCUGAAAUGUAAAGUGUCUUAUUUCCUUUGUACAUUGUCCUUCACGGAAGGUUGAAAAAAAAAACCACCUAUUCUCAUUUUUUUUAUUUCAUUAAUCAAAAAAUAACACUCACGCUCCGAAACAACCCUCUAUUAUAUUCAGUUUUGUUUAUUUUCCUCUUCUGAUGUACAAAAGUCUGUAUUUCUGUUCAAGCAACCUUUUUUUUUAUUAUUUGUUUUGUUUAAAUCAUUACUUUUGUCAGGAAAGCGUCGUUUGGACGGAGGGGAAAGAAAAGAAACACACCAAUGACUACACUGACCUCUGCUGGAACCAGUCUGUGUGUAUAUCUGUAGUUUUUUCGGCUGUAAUAUAUUUAGAGGCAUUUUUUUAAAUCAUGGCAAAAAAUACAGUAUAUUGGGCAAUUCUUUGGGAUUGCAUGAGUUUCUAACAGUUUUCUUUUUGUAGGGAACUUAUAUUGGAACUUUUUUUUUCUUUUUUGUAACAAAUCCAGAAAACGUUGGCAUGUGUGUUUAAUCUCCCGACCUGUCGCAUUAGAGCCGAGGGACUCAUGACGUAGACGCGUAGCUAAGCAUGCACUGACUUUAACUAAAGGCAUGUUACAGGAGCUCGGGGAGGGGGGAGACAGUUAAAAGUUAUUGUAGAAAAUCUGAAUCUGAUUUCAAGAGAGGGAGAAUAUGUAAAAAUAUAGUGUAAAUUAAUCUGAGCAUGGUCUUCAGAGGAUAAACCACUCUAUUUAUCACACAGUUUUGAUACCGGCUAAACACAACUUCCAAGUAGGGAUGACUGGGUGCGUUUUUUUUGCGUUUGAUACUGAUAUCACAUCCCUAGAAUCUUCCCAUACUGAUAGCAGUCCGAUACAUUCUUUUUACAUGACUUAAAUCUGUUAAGGAAACUCAUCUGUUCGAACUCACCACAAGCAAUUUAAGAACAUAUGUUUUAACAGUUCUGCUUUAUUUUCAUUUUUACAUUAUGUUUUCCAAUUUCCAAUUUUGCACAGUAUCAGACAGAUACCACUACUUGGUAUCGUAUCAACUCAUCCCUACUUCCAAGACGAAACCUACAUGAGCUACCUGCAGCUCAUACAAACGCCUCUAUACACGAUAUUUAGCUUUUAGAUUAGUCGGAACCGAAUACAUGUAGCUAACCCAAACCUACAGACAUUAAAAAAAAGUGGCGUGUUCUAGUAGGCGGAGUCACAGCAGGGACGUGGAGCGACUCUGUGAUAUUCUUGACCGAGUAAAGGAGAAUGUAUUUUUGGAAAAAGAAAAAGUGUCCCGCGGUUAUGAAAUAACUGCUGGCGAGACGUGCACAGGAACGGAGAGCGGUGGCGAGAAAAUGUCGGUGCCAAUGACAGAAAAUGUUAACAGAAAAGUUUCCUAUUUACCUCAUGAUGAAUCUGGGGGGAACGACACCCUGUCCGCUGUGUACAGACCUUUAGUCGACCGGUCGUUGGUGUUUUGUCUGCUCAUUUUUGUUAACUUUACUGUUAUUUCUUAUGAUCUUGUACAUUUGUCAUAAUAAAAUGGGUUUUAAGCCUCA